AUGGAAGAUGAAGACCGUUCGGAACGCCCGAUGGAGUUGGAUUUGGACUUGCUGCGGAGACAGGAAGAAGCCGACCCGUAUCAAACCACUCGCGAACUGGCAGUCGCUCUUGUGGUGAGUCAAACCACAGUUGUUCGCGGAUUGAAGUCAAUCGGCAAGGUGCGUAAACUAGGUCGAUGGGUACCACAUGCUCUGACGCAGUAUGAGAUGGAUUGCCGCGCUAUACUUUCUCUCCUCACGCUCAAGCGCACCCACACCUGGCUUGGGCACCUAGUCACCGGGGAUGAGAAGUGGAUUUUCUGUUCUAACAUUCACCGGCGUGCCCAGUGGGUUGACAAAGGCACGGAUGCAGAAGACGUCCCUAAACUCGACGUACACUCCAAAAAAGUUAUGCUCUGCAUCUGGUGGAGCGUACACGGCGUCGAAUACUGGGAACUGCUCGCUGAGGGAUGUACAGUGGCUGCAGGCGUCUAG